AGGUUUGAAUGCGACACAAAAUGGAGGCGCAGUUCUGUUUAACUUUCUGUUUCUUUUUCGAUUCUCGACGCUUCGACAGCAAGCAGCCGUCUGCCUGUUAGACGAGAAGCGCUUAGCAUUACAGCAUUCGGCCCACUUUCGAGCAAAAUAAGCGUGGAUACAAGUUUCCCUGACCAAUACAAUGUAAAGCGCAGAUAAACCAGUAGUGACAGUUUGCUUGUAAGCCGCUAAUUUUCUAGUUACGCCCAACCUCAGACGGUUUAGCAGUAAGCUAGCUGUGCUAGUCUCACUUCCUGGUUGCACAACAGUAUCCUUGAAAGCUGAGACGAAAUCAGUUUUCAGGCGAGCUAGAGAAGAAAAAAUAGAUAGCUGCAGAAAGUAUGUUUCCUUAGGCUGAGUGGAAUAACUGAAAUCUUUGAUGAGUUUCCUUGGAAUCAAAAUAAUUGUAUAUUUCGAUGAAGAGCAGUGAAGCAAUGAGACGAAAAUCGAAGUGAUCUUAUAUCAAGAGGAACGCAGAAACGCCAGCCAAUGCCUCGCCUUCAUGGAGAAUGACACUACUAUAUCGAAAGAAGGUCUUCUUGAGCCAGUGCUUCCUGGCUCAGUAACCUUUGAAUGCAGUAUUUUAGCACCUCUUCGUAACAACUAUUUGUAUGAGGAGUCCAAAGAGUCUUUUACCUACAAUUCAGCACAGUUGAUCAAUAAUGCAGAUUUACAAAAAAGAUAUUCUGCUUUCCGUGCUGAAAAACAUGAAAAGGGUUACUCUGAAGAGGAACUCGAGGAGUCGUUCGGCUUCUUGUUGCUUGAUGACAAAUCCAGGGCAAAUAGACUUGCGGAUUCAGGCCUAGUUGUUGGGCAAGGGACGUGCACCACUCUCGGAGAUUGUUCAAAGGGUGUGUAUAUCUCAAAGUACUCUGACUGCCUUGACCUAAAGCGCUGGUAUGAUGGCAAGACAGGCUACAUUGUUCUGCUAAAGUUGACGAAGGGUCGAGUGAAGGAGGUGACAGAAAACUACACACAAAACUUCACACCUCCAACUGCCGGGUUUGACUGCCAUGUAUCAGAGCAGCUCAGAGCAGUGUGUGCCACCACCAGCUCCUUUCUAGCAUUUGAAAGGACUCAGUAUUAUAUGUACGAGCUGCUGGAUGGAGGGGAAUCGGUUGAGUCAUGCCCAAGGCAUGUGUACCCAUUCGCCAUUGUGGCUUUCUCCUAUGGAAAAACUGCCAUCUCCUUAGAGCUGAAAGAGAAAAGCCAAGAAAAAUCAUCGUUUCAUUACCAACCCUGGAGUGGCCAGCUAAAGAUUGAGUCCGUUUUGUACAACAUUGCACUGAAGUCCAUCCAUGGAGCAAUGUUCCCAGCAAAUCUUCCAAAAACAGUUAAGGUUGACCAUGCCAUUGCAGUCUCUGAACUCAGGAAGACAUUGCCCCAAGCAGUUUUUGAAACUUCUCCUGUUGGUGAAGUUUCAUUAGAUGGCAAAUGGUUUAGCAUGUACGAUGUCAUCUGCUUUGAAGCAAGAAAUGACAUAGCUUUCUUAACUCAACAGUUGAAGGAGAAGGACAUGGCCCUUGUUAUAUGUUUGGACGAUGGUGGUUUCCUUGUACUUUUACAUUCAUCUAAUUUCCUCUCCUACGAAGGUGCAAGUACAGAUAAAGCUUUUGCUCUUCAAGGAAUGUUUGUUUAUCCUGGCUCCAGAACUGUGCCAAGAGAGACCAAGAGUGGAUAUCAUAAGGCUACAGUUUCAUCUGAGGUUCUUCAAGUUCUCCCCGCCCUGAAUUAUGCUGAAUUAGAAAUGGAGAAGUGUCCUCCAAAGCAGCGUGAGGAGCCCCUUGGCAUAAUGGAGAAACAUUUACAGAACUUUGCUGCUCUUAUUUUUCCAGGGUUAAGUAGCAGCCCUAGUAGGGAGGCUAGUAUGUUUCCUGAUCAAUAUGAUGUACCUGAUGGUUUUCCUCUGAUUGCCCCUAAGUGGACAGAACAGACUGGGGAUCGCCUCAGGACAUACUUGGAAAGUCCACGCAGUUUUCAAAUUCCCGUGGCUAGGGCAUUGGAACUCCUGGCUGCUGGCAAACAGCAGCGCAGUGAUGAUCACGAUGAUGAUGUCUAUUACUAUAUAUCAUCACCUGAGGCCCCUCAGACUCCUGCUGACAUGGUUUUGGAAAGAGAUUUGCCUAAUGAAACUGAUCAUUUAACUUGCAGGAAUGUUUCCGAUGACAUGAAAAAGACAGCUGAGCAGCAAGCUGAAACAGAAAAGACUGUAGCUGCUGAACUGCCCCAUUGUGCUUUGAUAGAGGAAGUCAACACACCUGCUGCAGCAGUGGUUCCAACAUCUGAUAAUAACCCAACUGAAAGAACAGACCCUUCACCCACGUCAGGUGACCUCCCCACAGAACACUAUGCACUGAACAUUCAUGCAGUUAAUACUGCUCAGGACAAUGAGAAAAAACCUGAGUGUGUCUCAGUUGAUGACAAAUCCGGUGGAGGGGAGUUUUCUGGGGCAUUUUUGAAAGAAACUCUUCAGACCACCAGUGUGGCAUUAUCAUCCACAGAAAUUGGAGAUGAUCCCUCAACUCAGGCAUCUAAUGCUGAGAUGGAGGAUGAUCAGUCAAAGAACAUAGACUGUUUAUCAGAUGUGCUCCCUAAAGUUGGAGGUCAGAUACCCGUUGCAGACAAAGUCCUACAGGAAGCCGACCUUCCAACAUCCAUUUCACCUCCUACUACAUCAGUAAAUCGGACUGAAGCAUUAAUUAAAGGUUGUAAAGAAGUACAGCCAGAGGCAAGCAGUAAUGUUCUUGCUGAGAUGAAUUCUGUGCCAAACCGGCGUGGAAAAAGGAGAAGAAGGAAAGCUUUAAAACGCAAGACUAAUACAGUCAGGCAAAUUACCCCACUUCAAAACACUACUUCAUCCUUAUCUCCUUCGACAGAAGCUACUCCUGAACAGAGUAGUAACAGUGACACAAUACAUUCCUCACCCAGCACACUGAAAAAAGAUUGGCGUUCUCUCCCAAGGCGCAAGAGGCACUGGAAUGCUGAUGCCAGUAUGAAGCGGACGUUAAGGUCAGAUUAUAAAAACACUGAAAUGCCAUCUGGUAAAAACAGUGAGACUGAGAAAAAUACCACCAUUACAGAACUUACUGUUACAGGAAACAUUAUGCCCAGUACACCAAAACGAAAAAUGGAAGGAAUUAAUAUGAGAGAACGAUAUGGCCUUAAGACAAUAAUCACAGAUUGUGGCUUUGUCUUUGUCCCCCAUGGCUCCGAAGUUCCUCCUGGAGACUUAAAUUCAAACGAAAAUAAGCAAGCUCAAGAAUCAUCCUUUGUCACAACCAACAGUCCUUCAGGGGAGAGGCCAGUAACUACACCAAUACAUGAUAAACCUCAGUCAUCAGAAAUGGAAAACAGAGGUGAUAAUAUGCCCCUAAAACACAUACAAAACAAUUCAGUGAAUCCAGCUAAGGCACUAUCCUCAGGGAACAUUACUGAGAAAGAUCAAUCAUCUGUCCUCGAAUCACCUGAAAAAAAUAAAAGCACAGUGAAAGACCAUGUGUACAAGGCAAUAUCCAUAAGUAAACUAAAAACAGUGCUCAAAAGAGCAAGAAGGACUAAAUCUCCUGGUGCUCAGGAUCAUGGGAAAUCAAUAUCAGAUAAUACAGAGCCUGAACUGAAAAGAGGCAAACCAAACAAUGACGCAGAGUUGCCAGACAAUGGCAAAUUGCCUCUUCAUGCAGAUGAUAAAAAAGGCAACACAUUACCGCAUAAUCCUGAAUCAGCUGGGAGCCAAGAGCCAGUGGAAAAUACACCAUCUAAACCACCCCUGAGGACCCCAUCAUCUCAGGAGAAGCGGAUAUCAAAGAUCCCCAAAAAAAAUGGUUGCAACAAUUUUGACAACUUUUCCCCUAAUGAAAUAGUUAAACAAGCCAACCAACAGCUCAUAUCUCAGCCAGUAGAGAAUAGGGUAGAAGGAAAGCAUAUUAGUUCUGAUGGCCAAAGCGAUAAAGAGGAAAUGGCUGCUGGUGUGCCUGCACCUUCAGAUGCUCUUAAUCUUCUGGCUGAUUUGGCCCUCAGUGUAAAUAGUGAAGAAAUGUUGCCUAACCUGGGAGAAAAACACCUUGGAGCCAAGACCAGUAGCUCUCCACAAACAGUCAUUCACCUGUUGCGGGACCUCACCCCCAGUUUAAAAUUACCCCCUAAAUCUCCUUUUCCAGAGGGUCUUGUUGUGACUGGGGAUUUGAUAUUAGAAAUAUCAAAAGAGCAUUCUUACUCACAGCCCACCUCUCUGCUGUCAGGUUUGACAGGCAUAUCCCCCCAGGUUCAGUCUCCAGUUGGAUGUGUUGAGUCUCAUCUGUCCAUGAAAUCUGACCUUCUGCUGAAGUUCCCUGAUUUCACUAGUUGUCCAGACUAUCAUAGUAAAGGAGGCAAAAAUGGAUGGAGAUUCCUGCCAUCAUUAAGUGCAUCAGCCCCAGCUGCUGUCAAGGCCAAAGUAUGGAGUUCUAUGUUUCUCCGCUGUAGGAGCAUCGAUGAAAAGGAGGGCUCCAUUCAAGUGACAAGACAUUGGAAAGAAAACUAUGAUUUCAAAUUUGACAGCAAGUUCACAAAUGACAGGCUAGACAAAUGUGUGACAAGAGCGCUGCAUGGCAAAUGGGAUUUCAGCAUUGAAGACAACUAUGAGCAGGUGCACCUGAUCUUCCAUAUGUGGAUAGGCCUGUUCUACAGUAAACCCACUUCCAGAUUCUUUCACUUCGAUCACCUCUGUCCAACAGUGGAAAGAAAGAAUCCUGCAAAGGUGUUACAGUGUGCUAUUCAGACUUUUACACCGCUGCCUGAUGUUGAUCUGGCCUCAAAGGAGGACAAAAAUACUUCCUUAGAUCCUGUGUCAGAUGCUCUUGACCUUUCAGUGAAAGCAUCUGGGGCUGUGGAUCACUGCGCUGCUGGAGAGAAUCCUACACCUAGUUCUGGUGUACAAUCAAGACUGGAACACCUGAGGGAAAAUAAAGAGCCAGAUAUUAGACCCGGUUUAAACUAUCCUCCCAGUGUUCUAGCAGGAGCCAUUCUUAAGGAUUACAGAUCCACUGUGGAGGACUUGGAUGAAAAUUCCACACCUGAUUAUAAUGACUGCAGUGACAUAGAGGAUGAUGCGACCGAUGUCACUGAAAGCGCUUACACAAAACUCUUGGAGAGCAAUAGCGCAUACAGUCAGUUGUGUGACCAUGCAUCCAACAUGAGAAUAGAUGAAAAGAAAUUGUUGAAUGUGCAAAAUAAUGAACUUGUUAGCAAAGACCUGUCUACAUCAAAGACCAUGAACAUAAAAAGUGCUGGGAUGAUGGGCACUGAGACAAAAAAUGUUGCUGUAUUCCACCAGGUUGUUAGGCCUGUCAAGCCUGUGAUUCUUUCAAAAGUGCAUGAUUCCUUACCUGGAAGAAAAAUCAUACUAAAGUCAUUGAGCUUUAAGGAUAAGCACAAAGACGAAGCACCUGUAUCAGUGCACAGUGAGAGUGUAUCCAAAGAUGAGCAGUGUGAAGCAGCAGUUGAUGAGGAAAAACCUGAAAGUACAUCAGUGUGUGUGCACUCUGGUAAUAAGAAUGAGUGUGUACUUGAAACCAUGCCAGGAAGCUAUUCUGUCAUUUCUGUUCCUGAGAAUGAUGAAAAUGAUGCAAGGAUUGAAGCUAAAUCUGUGCUUCUUAACAGAGAUGAAACACCUACGGUCAUUCCUGACGUGAAUGAUAGUACAAAGGAGAAAUCUAUGUCUGGUGAAAGCAAUAAUAAGGUAAUGUGUAAUGAAAUAGGAGACACACCAGAGGAUGUGCUUGACGUAAGUAACAAGCCAAAGCAGGAGGUCAAAUCUGUAAUAGUUGACACACCGAAUGAUGUCAGAAAUGAUAAAAUACUUGUGGAGAUGCAUGUUAAUGACGAAGCAACGGAGAAGGUCGGACCAGUACCUGAUGUCAGAGAUGAAGUUCCUAUAGAUAUACCUGAUGAGAAUCAUAAAACAAAGGAGGAAGUUAAACCUGUAAGUCAUGUCUGGAGUGACACCCCUGAGGAAGUGCUCGUUAAUGAUGAGUUAAAGGACAAAGUAACAUCUGUGUCUGUUAGAGAUGACACAUCUAUUAAUGAACCUGAUGUGAUUAAGUCAAAUGAGGUGGUCAAACCUGUGAGAGACAACACAAGUUCACAUGAUGUCAGAAAUGACACACAUGUGGGGGUCACACUUGUUAACGAUGAGACAAACAAGGUUCCAACAAUGCCUGAUAUCUGUGAUACCACGUCAGUGUAUGAUGGAGAAAAUACUCUUCAUGGUGUACGUGAUGAGGAUGAUAAUGCCUCAGAUGAAGUUAAUUCUGUGGUGAACAUCAGAGAUGCGUCUGGAGAUAGUGAAGCCAGUGAUAAGCUUGGUGUCAUAGAUGACAUACAUGUAGAUGUACAGGAUGUGGAUAAUACGAACAAGGAAGCCAAACCUGAGCUUGAUGUCAGAACUGAUAUGUCUGCAGAUGUACAGGAUGUGAAUAACAUAAAUAAGGAAGCCAAACCUGGGCUUGAUGUCAGAGACGACACACCUGCAAACAUACAGGAUGUGAACGAUGGCACAAAGGAUGAAACCAAAUGUCAGCCUGAUGUCAGAGACUGCAUCUCUGUGGAUAGACAGCAUGAUGUUGAUACGACAGAAGACAUGGCAGUCCAUGAAGAAGUGUAUGCCAUGGAGGAACAUGUGUGUGGGAAAGAUGAGAGUAAUACAGAUGAAAUAACUAAUGAAAGUGAAAGAAAAGUAGCAGAAGAGCCCAUUUGUGAUGCCGACAUUGAAUUAGACUCUGAGGAGCAGAACACUAUUGAUGAGUCUCAAGAUUGGACAGAUUGUGUAGAUAUGGAUAUCAGUGAUAAGGAUUCAGAAGAUGAAAAUCAAGAAAAGGUGCAUGAAGUGAAUGUGUCUGGUGGUGAAAUUCUUGAGGAAGACACUGUAAAGCUGCAAGAGGGUGAAAUAAAAACUGAGGCACUUGUGGCAAGCAAUUAUAAAGAGCACACUAGAGAGGGUCCUCAACCAGGGAUAUCUGAUUAUACAUCUGUAGGUCAUGUGAGCUCAACUUCCAAUCAGUUAAUUACGUUGAAGGAAAGCCAUAGCUCGACUGCUGUUGGUGGCACAUGCAUCCCAUCACAGAAUGAUAGUGAAAGCAUAAUGCUUAAUGACACCUUUGUGGUUCAACAUGAGACCCCUGAGGUCAAUCAGUACAAACCCAGAAAAGGGUGUGAUGAUGUGUUCCCCUUAACUGGAGUUGUUAAACCAGAACCAUAUGAAAUAAAAGACUCUAGCAUCCAGGACACAAUCGAAGAAGCUGAUGAUUUAGCAAUUUUAAAUGCGAAUGUUCGUUCAGACACAGACCCUACAACGUUAAACGCUGACCAGGACCCUCUUGUCCCCACAAUUUAUGAGAUGUCUGCUGCUAAAAGGGUUGAGAUACAUGACAAUUUUGACAGCAUGGAUGCAUCUCCACCAGCUCUGCAAAUAGAUACUGAGGCUGAGAUGAAUAGCAGGUGCUGUACCCCUACUCUGGAUGAACCAGUGUACAGUCAAGGGAGUGAUGAGGUUUCAAACAUUCAGGAAGUGAAUUUACAGGACAUUUCUAAAACCGAGCACUACUGUGUAAAGAAGAGCCCUACCAAUGCAUGGUUGGCACUUGAUAGUUCUGAGGAUUCGCAUUCUGAAUUAGAGAAGUCUCCAGCUCACAGAGAACAAAUCUUCCCUCAGGAUCCUUGCUGGUCUCAUAACCAAUACGAUGCCACAGUCAAAGAGAUUGAUGAAAGUAAGUCAGUUUUAACCGAUGAACAUGUGCCCGAGGAGAACUUGGUUUAUUUUGAUUACGACGAGAUUCCCACACCUAGAGAUACCAAAGAAAUUGAACCUCAACAAGACCAGUUUGGUAGUUUUUCUGAGCAAUAUGAAGAUGAUUUCUAUGAAGAGCUUCCUUCUUCAUGGACACAUAGUGCUAGCUUCAAAUCAGAGGGACAAAAAGAUCUCAGUGAAUGGUAUGCACCCGAUGAGGAUACACGUUACACAAGCAGCAUUUCCGUCCACAGAGAAGUUGCAUAUAGGCCAAGAGAGAUUACAGUGAGUAACUCAGACAUCCCUUGUUGGACACAAAGAAUUCAUUAUUCAGAGUCCAGUCCCAAUGUGGAGGAGCCAAAUGAAAGAGGUCUUUCUUUCAGACAUCGAGCAGGUUUAUCUGAAUCUAAUGAUGAGUCUGAGAGUCAUGGAUCAGAGCCUGUGUGUUACGGUAAAAAGAAACGCAAGAGAAAGUUCCAUCCAAAUGAGUGGGACGAAGAAGACUUUAAUGUGACCGUAGACUACAGCGUACAAAAGACCUUUUCAUGCAGUUCAAAUCGAUCAAGCAUAUCAAGGACACGAACGUCGAGCCCAUAUCAGCAUAAAGGAGAAAGCAAGCAUCCUUUUGACUGGCGCAGAUAUUUCAGGAGAGAGGGAAUAUUUGAGUCAAAUGAAGGGAACGAAGGACCAUUUUAUGAUCCGCCUUCUUCUAUCGUCACUAUGUUUGACAAGAAAGGUAAUAGAGUGAUAUUUGAAAGUCCUUCCACUCAAAAGCAAUUAGCAGGCAUACAUGGGAAGAGUCAGAGUGUGGAAGAACAGCGAUCAACAUCUGACACCCAGUCUUUAAUGGAACUUGAGUAUCUUAUUUUUUCAGAGAAGAUGACUCAUUUGCUCAAAAACUGCAAGACUACCUCCAGAGUGAAACAACACAGACUAAAUAUCAGCCCUGUUGAAAACCCUAUGACCAUUCAUUUUUCAAGACUUGAUGAGCAGAACAGUUUUUCUGCACUUGAUCAGACCUGGCCAACUCUUUCCAAGUUUAAGAUAAACGUGGAUAUGUCUGAAAGGAAGGCCUUGAAGAAAACUCCAAAUUACAGUAAGCCCUUGCAUCUCCAAAGCCUUUUCUGUGAAAGAGGUACUCAAGCAAAUUGCUCUAAGUUAUCAGACAUAACCAAAGAAUGUUCAAAGUCAUACCACACCAUGAUGAAUGACAUUUGCAUUGGUAAGACUGUCCCUCAUCAGAAAGACGAGUUGAAAAGAAAAUGGGAUACUGAGCGCGCUACAACUAGCAAACAGUCUGGAUUCUGUGGUCGCAUCAAAAAGGACAUGUUUGAUCAUCUGCAUGAUAAUUUAAACUCUCUUGUGAGGCAAGCGUGCAAGACCAAGUACAAGUUCUACGUCUUGGUUACAUCAUCGGACCCCUUUUUUGAGGAAACCAAGGAUCUGUUGAAAGCUGAGGGCCACACCGCAGUUGAGCCUUAUCAGUUUGACAUUGAUGCCAACGGGCAAACUCCUCUACUUAUUAUUUUGAGAAACGAGGAUAUUGCAGAACACAUAUUUGAGGUCCCACAUUUGCUUGAGUUAAAAAAGUCAUCCAGAGUUCUUUUUGCGGGCAUCGAUCAGCCUGACGAUGUUGUAAACCUCACACACCAGGAGCUUUUUGCCAAGGGAGGGUUUGUGGUUUUUGAUGAAACCGCACUGGACACACUGAAUUUAGAAAACAUGAAAAAGGUUGUGGGCAUUAUGGAAGAACUAGAUAAAAAAGGGAAGUGGAAAUGGUUUCUGCACUACAGAGACAGCCGCAAGCUUCGGGAAAAUGCAAGGUGCAGUCCUGAGGCACAGAGGAGGAAGCAGUUCAUCGACUGCUGCCAGGAAGCAGGAAUAGUGGAGGUCUUGCCUUAUCAUGAAUGUGAUGUCAUUUCACGGGAAAGACCAGACUACCUUCGCUGUCUAGUUCGCCUCCAGAUCCAAAACGUCUCUGCCCGGUUCCCUGUUUUCAUUACAGACACACCGGAUGACUCUUUUGAGAAGAAUGGGAUUUUAACUAUGAAUAUUUACACGUUCUCUCGGAUUCUUUCAAAUGACACGUGCUCGGUUUCAUAAACUGGUGGCUAAAAUGGUGUUGUAGCACAAUGAACACCCUACAUAUUUUCUUUUUGUACAAAUUGAAUUACUAAUUAUCUGUUGUUGAGUACACUUUUGUUCAUAAAUGUAAAUUAUUUUGCAAUGUACAUGUUCUGCUUGAUGUCUGUUACUAUUUAUAUUGUAUCCCCAAUUAAAGCUUUCACAUGGAGGCUUUAUGUACAAAGUUUGAUAUGUAUUAAUUUUAAAUACUGUAAAAGAAAAUCACUGAUAUUUUAGUGUAUCUCAGUUUUUCAUAUGGUUUUAUAAAUCAUAUUGACCAAUUUUAAUAAAACAGCUGAUUACU